UCUCUCUCGCUCCCAUUGAGUGCGGUGCCAUCCAUGAAAGAACCACCUUCAAGCGGGAGAUUUUCUGGCCGGAUUCCGCAGGAUUUUCACGCGCCGACGAGAUCUGAGUAAUAGUGGAGUCUCUGGGUCGGAUGAGUGACUAGUCACUAGGCGGUGAACGUGUGAAGUGCAUGAAAAUGAGGCGGAAAGAGAAUGCGGACGCGUUCAUCACAGUCAAUGAACGUCCUGUGGACGAUAUUUCCCUGGAGUUCUUCUACAAACCACACACCAUCACGCUCCUGGCCGUCUCCAUAGUUUCAGCAAUGUACUUCGCCUUUGUCCGCAAUGAGAGCAACAUCGAGGACAACAUCUGGGCAGGCAUCAUCUGUGUCAUCUUCUUCUUUCUCACCGUCUCUGUGAUUGCGUUCCCCAAUGGACCCUUCACGCGCCCCCAUCCGGCCGUCUGGCGCAUGAUCUUCGGCCUGUCCGUGCUCUACCUGCUCGGCCUGCAGUUCCUCAUGUUCCAGAACUACAAGACCAUCAUGGGCAUUUUCUACUGGCUCGAUCCGGGCCUCAAGAAUUUCCACAUCAACAUGGACAAGGAGUACGGUGUGAAUUGCUCGGACAUCACGCUGGAGCGCAUCUGGUCGCACGUGGACGUGUUCGCGCUGGCGCACUUCCUCGGCUGGAUGUUCAAGGCGAUCCUUAUCCGUCACAUGGGCAUCCUGUGGGCCAUCUCCAUCAUGUGGGAGAUCACGGAGAUUGCCUUCGCGCACCUGCUGCCCAACUUCGUCGAGUGCUGGUGGGAUGCGCUCAUCCUCGACGUGAUGGUGUGCAAUGGUGUGGGCAUUUGGUGUGGCCUGAAGCUGUGCAAGAUGCUGGAGAUGCGCGAGUACAAGUGGAUCAGCAUCCGGCACAUCUCCAGUACCACUGGCAAGAUCAAGCGCGCCGUGCUGCAGUUCACGCCACAGAGCUGGACAGCGGUGCGCUGGCUGGAUCCCAACAGCACGUACAUGCGCUUCCUGGCCGUGUGUCAGCUGGUGAUCUUCUGGCAAGUCACUGAGCUCAACACGUUCUUCCUCAAGCACAUCUUCGAGAUGCCACCAUCGCAUCCGGUCGUGAUUGUGCGCCUCAUCCUCAUCGGUCUGUUCACGGCGCCGUCCGUGCGCCAGUACUAUAUCUACAUCACUGACACGCAAUGCAAGCGCGUGGGCACGCAAUGCUGGGUCUAUGGCGGCAUCAUGGUGUCCGAGGCGAUUCUGUGCAUCAAGAAUGGGAAGGAGCUGUUCGAGCGCACGCAGGCCACUAACAUCAUCGUGUGGCUGCUCAUCCAGCUCUUCGUCUCCGUGGUGUUCGUGUAUGGCUACAUGGUGUGGCACAAGUACAGCCAGUCCGAGGCGGAAGUCACGCCGGUGAAGACCAGGCGCAAGCGGCAGCUCCUGGAAUCUGACAAGGACGACUGAAGAGGACAAAAGUACCAAAGACACUCUCAUAUCACUCCACUCGACGCUUUCUCCCGCGCUUAGUCACUCGCUUAGGGCUUUGGCACCUUCUCUUGACUCUCCUCUCCUGAUUUAGCGCCGACAAACCACCGAAUUUUCGCCAUUCUUUUCCCACUCAAACGAAAAGACAGUGGCCUGGCACUCUUCUUCUCUCGCCGGGCGACGAUUCACAGGAGGGACAGCGGAAGGUGUAACGAAUUGUGUAAGCAUAUUUUACUCAUGAUGUGUAAAUGAUUUGGUGAAUAAAAUGUAAGAUGAAUGAGCAGAGA